AGGAAACGGGAAGUGGUGGGAAGCACGUCCACAAUGAGAGCACCGCUAUUACUAUACUCCUCUCGCUGUGUCUUACGGGCAGUUUUUGGGUCCUUUCCCGCUUGUCGACAUCAACUUGUCACCCAAACAACCGCUGUGCCUCAUUUGUAUACUUUGAGAAAAACGAUGCACUAUCAAACGGUGGAGAGAGGGAGCCCCAACACUCCAGAUUACAGGAUUUAUUUUAAAAACUCAGACGGCAACUACAUUUCCCCUUUUCAUGACAUUCCAUUGAUAGCAGAGGCAGAACAGGACUUACCGGCAAAGAAGGCCAAAAAGAGUGAGGUGCUCUUCAACAUGGUUGUGGAGGUGCCUCGGUGGUCCAAUGCAAAGAUGGAGAUUGCAACAAAGGAACCUCUGAAUCCCAUCAUGCAAGAUGUAAAAAAAGGCAAGCUAAGAUACGUCGCCAAUAUAUUUCCCCAUAAAGGUUACAUUUGGAACUACGGAGCGAUCCCGCAGACGUGGGAGGACCCUAACCACACCGACUCUGAAACAAAAUGUUGUGGCGAUAAUGAUCCCAUCGACGUUUGCGACAUUGGUUCAAAGGUGUGCUCUCCUGGUCAGGUGAUCCAGGUGAAAGUGCUUGGAAUUUUGGCAAUGAUAGAUGAAGGCGAAAUGGACUGGAAAGUCAUCGCCAUCAAUGUGGAGGACCCUGAUGCCAAAAACCUAAAUAACUUGGAGGAUGUCCGAAAGAGUCGGCCCGGUCAUUUAGAGGCCACUGUGGAUUGGUUUAGGAAAUACAAAGUUCCCGAUGGGAAGCCCGAGAACCAAUUUGGAUUCAAUGCACAAUUUCAAGAUAAGGACUUUGCAGUGGAGAUUAUCAAGUCCACACAUGAGCACUGGAGGGCACUAGUGCAGAAGAAGACGAAUAGUGGAGGGAUUGAAUGCAAAAAUAUAUCAUGCUGUGAUAGUCCGUUCAAAUGCAACGCAGAAGAAACCAGUUAUGUGGUCCAAUUGACCCCUGAACUUGGUCAUGGUCAAAGUGUUCCUCCAGAAGUGGACAAGUGGCAUUUUGUCUGAGUUAUUGGGAAAAAUGUAUCAUGGACACAAACAAAAAUAAAACCAGAUCAUCCUAUCAAUGGCCACCAAUGGGUGUCAGGAUCACGGCAUAUCGGUAUGCAUCGAAAAUGUCAUCAAUAAUGCGCACCUGUGUAAAAUGUUCAUAACUUGCACCUGCCCGUAUCAUAACUCCACUGCCAUCAUGGGUCAUUUUAUGCGGUUCAUCACAGUGUUUAUAUUUUUGUUGAGUGUACAUUUGAUGUGUUGAGAUCUGUGCGUCUGAAAAUGGUUAUAAAGCCAUUUUUUUAAAGCUUUGGGACUCCAGCUAAGCACAGUGAGAGUAUGUUCCAUGUAUGAUUGGAUUAUUUUUCUUUUUUUCCUUCCUUAAUAAUAAA